CCCACACACCAAAGUUAAGAGGUUUGUGUUUGAAGGCUUUCAGAUUGCGGAGCUAAGAAGUGGGAUCCAACGCUACUGGUAGCAGCAACGAUGCCCAUUUGGUCGGUAGUGAUAAAGAUCGCCAUGGACAAGAAAAAACCACCGAAUACUAUUAGCCAUGAAGAUGAACAAGAACUAAUUCACCGUUAUCAUGUAGGUAUGAUAGUAGUAAAUUUGCGGCCGAGGCUAGUCCCUCCUUUGCCAGAGCAAGUGAUGGGGAAUCUGGUCCACGUGCGCGUUUUUGAGAAGUGGUCGAUAAGUUAUCAAAAGGAAGAGGUCGAAACAGCAGAAGGAGAGAACGAGUUGCGGACUCGGCUAGCUGAGAAGCUAAGGGAGUCUGUUAGGAUGGUGAACGACGAAGAAGUGAGAAAGAUAUUCGGAAGGAGCGACGACGUUGACAACGACUGUGACAAGGGUGUUACAAGUCGUCGGGAAGGGUAUUCGGAUAUGUUCAAACGUUUUGUGGAGGAGCAUCAGAAGGGGGAUUUGGUUGCAUUCAGCAGCUGGUGGAGGUUUCCGUUCUACGAGACGGAUUUUGGGUGGGGGAAGCCGACUUGGGUGGAUUAUUUCAACAUGACAGAUAACCUUGUGCUGCUCAUCGAUGCCAAGGAUGGGGAGGGUAUUAAAGCAUGGGUGAGUUUGAGUGAUGAAGACAUGAAGCGUGAAGGUCUGGAGGAGGUGAGUCGAACUAAGGCCACAGGAAAAAGAAAGUAAAAUGAAGAGAAAAAGGGAGGAACGACACAGGUCAGGUGAAUAUGUUGAGAAACUAGGGUUUUGCUAGGAAUUUUUUAAAUCAACGACGAGGAACGAGAUUUAUAAAAUUUAAUGGAUGAG